UUUAGCAGAAUCGAUUUCACGUAAAGCUCCCGCCGCCUCCUUCUACAGAAUGGAUUCUCAGAUCAAGCACGCCGUGGUCGUGAAGGUUAUGGGGAGAACUGGUUCUCGUGGUCAGGUGACUCAGGUUAGAGUCAAGUUCACAGAUUCAGACCGUUUUAUUAUGAGGAAUGUUAAAGGACCGGUGAGGGAAGGAGACAUCCUAACUCUUCUCGAGUCCGAGAGAGAAGCCAGAAGACUCCGUUGAUUCAUAUGCCAUUAUCUAUGCAAGUGUUACCAUGUUUUACAGUUUGAUGACUAUGCAAGUGUUACCAUGUUUUACAGUUUGAUGAUGCCCUCUUAUGUUUCUUGACCUUAUGGUUGUUUUUUUGUCUAAGAAAUACUCUGUUUUAAUUUACUUGAAUUUUGUUAAGACUGUUUGAUUCGAGAAAUGAAUCUUUUUUCAUA